GAAGCUCUUUAGCAAUAAUGUAGCAUUACUCGAGAACACAGAAAGUGGAACGUUUGUCAACACCCUCGUUUUACACGAGACAUAAAACCCGAACAACCGUAUCGCCACAUUGUCCGAGAGAAAGUAAAUGUACCAUGUUGACAGUCCUGUAGCGAUCCGAAUGCGGUAUUAUUUUAUUUAACAAUGGCAGCAACGAAAUCUGACACGUCCGAUAAAGAAACAGGCGUUAUGUUGGGAUUUGUGGAAGAAGCGGACGCCUGGCAACUUUGCAGUCCUCAGUUUCCUAGUAAGGUGGGUGGUGGACCGGCUUGGUUGAGUCAGUCGGAUUUACCAACUCUGUCUAAUCUGACAUGUGCAAAAUGUCAGCUCCCAACAGCAUUUUUACUUCAAGUCUAUGCCCCGAUCGUCGGCCAAGACUGUAGUUUUCAUAGGACGCUUUUUGUAUUCUGUUGCAAGACGCCAACCUGCCAUACACGAAACAACAACCAGUGCUUCAAAGUGUUUAGAAGUCAGUUAUCAAGGAAAAAUGACUUUUACCCAUAUGAGCCGCCACUGGAUGAGGAGUGUGAAGAGAGCGGUGGUGACCUUGCACUGGAGUCAAGAAUUAAACUUUGCAGACUGUGUGGUUGUCCGGGACAAAAAGCUUGUUCGCGCUGUCAUGCAGUUAUCUAUUGCAGCAAGGAACACCAGACUAUAGACUGGAAACACAGCCACAAGAAAGAAUGCUGUAAAGAAGCUACCAUCACAGUGGUGCAUACUUCACCGUUCCUGUUCCCCGAGUUUGAGCUGGUUACAGAACCUGAGCAGUUCGGGGGAAAAGAUGAGUUGACAGUUGAUGUGGAGGACAGUGAGACAAACCCCACUGAUAAUGACUUGGAUGAAAAUGAACUUGAGGACAUGGCCCUUCAUGAAACUCAGGACAGCAAAGUGGUUCAGAAGUUUAAACAGAGGACAUCUGUAGAGCCACAUCAGGUUCUGCGAUAUGAAAGAGGUGGGUCUCCCCUAUGGGUGUCCUCUGAGCAUAAGCCUCACGAAGAGAACAUUCCCAAAUGUCCAUGCGGUGCCAAAAGAUUUUUUGAAUUUCAGGUCAUGCCACAGUUACUCAUCAAUCUGAAGGUGGACAGCACAGACGCUUCCAUUGACUGGGGAACCCUGGUGGUUUAUACAUGUGCAGACAGCUGUGACCAGGGCAACAAAUAUGUCCCAGAAUUCAUCUGGAAGCAGGACUUUUACAUGGAUCAGCUUCCUGUGUAAAUAGUAUAGUUGAUACAAAAAAGGAUGUAAAUAUGUAACAGUGGAGAAAUAAACUUCAGUUCUCAAAGAGA